CAGAGGGCUGGGGCGCACACUGUUACUCUGGAUGCAGAACUACAAGUCCAUACUGCUGACUGGCUGGCUGACAAAACACAAAACAUUUGCAGUGGUGUCUACAGAGAGUUAGUGUGCAUGUGUGUGUGUGGGAGUGACUGCAGCAUAUCACAGCAGCUCAGUGGACAACACUUGGCAAAGUUCCACAAUGACCCAUUGUGUAAUAAGCUGAUUGUGUGGAGACAUUGAACACCCACUAUUCCCACCAGCCCAGACAAGCCUUUUGUACAGGUGGUCAGGAACUUGAAGACUUGUGACCCGGAGGAGAUAAGCCCUGCACCCCCACACCAAAGAGAAGUAACAACACCUAUUCUUCUGCAGUCAGUGACUAAAAUUAAACUGGACAGUUUCUAUAAACAACUCCCAGUGCUCCACUGUUUUGGUACAGUCAACAAGAGCAGGCAGUGUUCAGAGGAUCAAGCUGCACCAUGGAUAAGCUCUGUGUUUCUGUGUGAGACAGAAGUUUGUGUAGCAUUGAAACAGAAAGUCGGACGUCAAAGCCGUAACAACAACGACAAAGACAAUGUGCUGUACAGUCACUCUGGGUGUACUAGCUUUGCUGGUCUUAUGUUUCAUCAACACUGUCCUCUCCUGCCCUGAGAAAUGUCAGUGUUCAGCACAAGUCGCAGACUGUAGUGGACGGAAUCUGAAGUAUAUUCCAUAUAACUUCCCCAGCACGCUCACAGUUCUACGUCUGGAUGAUAAUUCCAUCAAAAAUGUUCCGAACGAUGCCUUCCAAGGCCUGGACAAUCUGCAGAUAUUGAGUCUGGCGAGGAACUCUAUAGACGACAUUCCCCCUGGGACGUUCCUGCACACGCCACAUCUCAUGUCGCUAGACGUCAGUCAAAACCACCUUCGCUACCUUGACAGAGACACAUUUAAAGGUUUGAGUGACCUCAUGACACUGUCCAUGGCCUAUAACUCCUUACAGACGUUAACUGGGGUGUUACACCACACUCCAAACUUGGGCUCUCUCAACCUGGGUUAUAACAACCUGAAACAACUGACGAAUGAAGACUUGAGAUUGACAUCCAAAAUUAAGCAGCUUGAUUUGAGCAACAAUGAGAUUAGUCAAGUCCAUGGAGAUGCCUUCAAGAACAUCUCAGGGUUGCGUUACCUGUUCAUUCAAAAUAACCCGCUAGGACCCGAGUUAAUGGGCUUGAACUUUACAAACACUCGCCUUCAAUUGGUUGACUUCACAAACUGCAGCUUGACAAAGGUGCCUCAUGUCUUACCCUCAACGCUUAGUGACCUUCGUCUCAGCAAAAACAAGAUCAUCAUUGUUGACGAAUCUGACAUCCGCAACAUUACAAGGUUACAGUUACUGGCGCUAGACAACAAUCAGAUCACAAAUGUUUUGUAUCGUACGUUCCGUGGACUGGAGCACCUAAAGGAGCUUUGGCUGAGCCACAACAAGAUGGUGUACAUCCCUCGUGGCUUGCCCUCCAGUCUAACCAAACUCUACAUGGACAACAACCUUAUUCAGGAAAUGGAAGAAACCAUGUUCAAGAAUGAUUCUCAGCUGGAGUAUUUAUCCAUGGAAAUGAAUCGUAUUGAGAUGAUUCCAGCUGGAGCUUUCAACAACAUGCAGAAUCUGAAGGUUUUGGACUUGAAGGUGAAUCGGGUAAAGGAGCUAAAACCCGGAACCUUCAGUGACCUUCCCAACCUCAACUACCUAGACCUUUCCAACAACAUGCUUGAGACCAUACCAGUGGGAACAUUCAAAGACCUCCAGAACGUGACCAAGCUGGGACUGUCCCAUGUCAUGUCUACCAUGACAGACAUUGGAGACAACUUCCUGGAUGCCAUGCCUAACCUGGAGACCAUCGAGCUGGUCAACAGCCCUGGUCUGGCUAAAGGCAUCAUGAAGAUGCUGCAGAAAAAGCCGUUACACUCGCUGACCAAAGCGUCCAAGGUGAACCUGAUGUACUGUGACCUUAGUGCCCUGCCCCCAGAGAUCCGUGAGCUGGUCCCAAAUGUGCAAGAGCUCCUCCUGGAUGACAAUCCAUGGAUGUGUGACACAAGUCUCAGGUGGCUAAAAAACUGGAUGCUCUCAGCAGAUGUGACCUUCUCCAAGGACAAGCCGGUGACAUGUGAGAGCCCAGCCAACCUCAAGGGUCAGAAAGUCUGGGAAGUGGCAGACCGAGAUUUCAUAGAACCAGUGCAGGAGGAAGAACAGCAAGACACCCCAGGUGCUCUGAACGAGCAGAACUCUGGUACUAGAGACACUGAUGACAGAAAAACAACAACUGAGGCCAAAACAACAACUGAGGCCACAACCACAACAGAGGCAACAACCACAGCCCCUACAACUACCACAACAACAACAACAACACCUGAACCUACCACCACUGAAGCCCAGAUGACCACAGAGCUGGAACGCACAAGCACAGCCAGGCAGGGACGGCGACCCUACAACCCAUUCUACAGGCGCUACAAAGGCAAACGUAGGCGCUACAGACUUUCCACUGUGGCUCCCGGAACCAAUGGUGCCAAAAAAUGGCCAGUUGUUAGGCGGAGAAAGUAUCAGCGCCGCAGGAACAACCGUCGGCGCCACAGGUUAAGACUGCGCAAAACCGGCAAAAAAACAGCCAACUACAAAAAUCUGAACAUCAGGCACCCACACAAAAAAGCUGAACAAAUUGCCCGGUGGAGGGAGCAGGCACAGAAGAAGGUAACCUAAGAGCGGACAAUGCUUUAAUGAAUGGUAAACUGUGCCUUACAGAGUACCAGAAGGUAAAUGGAUUCAUGGAAUCACUGUUCCCAAAUGACAGUCGAAACCAAGAUAUUUGCUGUGAUGGAGGCUUAUGCACAGGACAAAUAUAUCUGUAAACACGUGGACUGUUACAACUGACUUACCAGUGGAAUAUACUUAAAGUUAAACUUUUAUAAAGUUAUACUUAUACAGUUAAAGCUGAGAAGUAGUGUGCUCCAGUGCAAAUGUAUGGACUAUUAACAGCUAGGCCAAGCAGAAGGCCUUAAUCUGUGGUACAUGUAAAUAUGGAUUGAAUGCUCAUUUGUGCAAGACUUUCUCAAACAGAUGUGUGUGGUACAACCACUUAUUAUGCAUAAUCACGUUUAUAAUCUGACCACACCUGAAAAGGGAACCUUGAAGACACUUUAUUAUAAAUCUGAAAUCCAUCUUUUUUUUUUCAACAUGCCUGAUUUGUCACUCCAAUAAUUUUCCUUUUUUGUAUUUUCUUUUUCGUGUCUAAUUUCAAAAUGUAGCCCUGAAUACCUGUUUUAUUCCUAACAGAUCAGGUUAAAAUGACACGGGUAAAGUGAAACAUAGUGUGUGAAGGAGACUUCAAACCGACACAAAUGUCAACUGUAUUAAUUAAUGUAUGUAUAUCAUAUAUCCCUGCGUGUAAGGUUAAAGAUUCAAGCUGUUAAAUUGGCAUUUUAUGGUUCAAGUUCUUGGGUCAAAAUUGAAAAACCAGAACUUAAUUUUCAAGAAAUGUUCUCUUAAAAAAAAAAAAGGAAAAAUAUAUGUCCAAUUUAAUAUGUGACUUGCCUAUCUCGUUAAUAAAAGAAUAUCU